ACGUCAUUCAGACAGACGCAUGCGCAGUUAUGAAAAUCCACGUGAUUUCUUCAGAAAGUUGUUAUGACGGAAAAGACAACUAGAAACUGGAGUUUAAUUUAGUAAUACAAACAAAGAGAAACGCAGUGAAAAUGGCGUUGGAAAUGUUCAGGAAAGAAGAGACUCUUGCAAUGAGAAAGAAACUGAUUGGGCAGUCUUGCAGACUCUUCUAUUCAGACGAUCCCGUGAAGAUAGUCAGAGCCAGAGGACAGUAUUUGUAUGACGAAAAUGGCAAGCGGUACUUGGACUGUAUCAGCAACGUUCAGCACGUGGGUCACUGCCAUCCUAGCAUCACACAAGCAGCCACGACGCAGAUGGAGCUUCUGAAUGCCAAUUCGCGCUUCCUUCACGACAAUAUAGUUCAGUAUGCCGACCGCCUCGCUGCCACUCUGCCCGACAAGCUGCGUGUCUUCUAUUUUGUCAACUCAGGCUCAGAGGCCAAUGAUCUGGCACUACGCUUGGCCCACCAGUACACCCAACAUGAAGAUGUCAUUGUGCUUGACCAUGCAUAUCAUGGGCACCUGACUUCGCUCAUCGAUAUCAGUCCAUACAAGUUCCAGAAGCUGACAGGACAGAAAGAGUGGGUUCACGUGGCACCCAUACCAGACAUCUAUAGAGGUAUAUUCAGAGAGGACCAUCCCAACCCAGCCCAGGCAUAUGCAGAUACUGUGAAGGAUGUGAUAGACAAGGUGCACCAAAAAGGUCGCAAGGUUUCUGCAUUUUUUUCUGAGUCAUUGCCCAGUGUUGGAGGCCAAAUCCUCUUGCCCAAGGGAUACUCAACUAAAGUAGCAGAAUACGUGCGCUCUGCAGGGGGAGUGUUUGUGGCAGACGAGGUGCAAACAGGUUUUGGGCGUGUGGGGAGCCAUUUCUGGGCCUUCCAGCUGCAGGGUGAUAAUUUUAGCCCUGACAUAGUGACUAUGGGCAAGCCGAUGGGCAACGGACAUCCCCUGUCAUGUGUAGCAACCACAGCGGAGAUCGCUGGGGCCUUCACAGCCAACGGAGUGGAGUACUUCAAUACAUUUGGCGGUAACCCAGUGUCGUGUGCCAUCGGCCUAGCUGUCCUGGACGUGAUUGAGAAGGAGGACCUGAGGGGGAACUCCUCAAGAGUAGGAGGACACCUAUUGGACCGGCUGAGACAGCUACAGACCAAACAUCCAAUCAUUGGAGACGUCCGUGGAGUGGGGCUGUUUGUGGGCUUGGAGAUGGUCACCGACAAAGAACAGAGGACCCCAGCUACAGACGCAGCAGCGCAAGUUGUCAGAAGACUGAAAGAGGAGUAUAUCUGUGUCAGUACAGACGGCCCCUGGGAGAACAUUGUCAAGUUUAAACCUCCCAUGUGCUUCAGUAUGGAGGACGCAGACUUGGUGGCAGACAGGUUACACCACAUUCUCACAGACAUGGAGCGCAGUCAUCAAAAACUGGACAGUGGAGAUUUAAGACUGAAAGAAGAGUAUACCUGUGUCAGUACAGACGGCCCCUGGGAGAACAUUGUCAAGUUUAAACCUCCCAUGUGCUUCAGUAUGGAGGACACAGACUUGGUGGCAGACAGGAUACACCACAUUCUCACAGACAUGGAGCGCAGUCAUCAAAAACUGGACAGUGGAGAUUUCUAAGGUUUGUACAAACCUGUAGAAAGAUUUAAUUGCAUCAGACAGUAAGAAUUGAUCACAAUCAGAAGGAGUCAGAGGUAGUGUUGUUGAUAGUGUGAUGUGCUCCUCCAGGAGAUUUCACUAACCGUUAAAAGUGCAUUUCUCAGACAUUGGAUUUCAUAGGGCAGAGCACCGGGGUCCGUAUCUACAAAUCAUCUCAAAGUAGAAGUGCUCAUCUUGGAUCUGUCCAUAGAAAUCGUAUUUAUGAUCUAAGAAGGCUAAACGUAUCCUAUAUCAGCAUUCCUACUUUGAGGUUCUUUGUGGAUAUGGUCCCAGAACUUGGGUAUUUUGCUUUUCAUACAAACUGCAGUCCUCAUGGUGGAAAAUAAAGGGGAGGAAUGCAGACUUAUUCAACACAGCCAAUCUCAAGGAUCCAUACCACAAUUAAGGAUAAAAAGCCAAAUUGUUAAGACAUUAAGAUUACACUACUAGAUCUACCAACACAAGAAUGUUUUGUGACAGUUCAUGAAGUGGAAUUAGUGACUGCUUUUGAUUCUGCAUGAGGGAUAAGAGAAACGGUGACAUAUGCAAGAGAAAGGCAAUACAUUUCUACUAUAAAACACUAAAGUCGUGAUCCUCACAUUUAUACUUCCCUGUGGAAAUAGAUAAUCACAUAGCAACUACUGGAUCAAGGAGUGGUCACAAAGGUCUACUGAUACAGUAGAAAAGUGUAUGUUAAGCUGCAUUUACACAGGCAGUUCAAUUCUGAUAUCUUAUUCCCCACUAAAUUGGUGUUUUCACCCAUCAGAUCAGCUCUGUGAAACAAUCUGGGACUGGUCUUUUGACCAAUUAAUUAGUGGGAAAAAUAAUCAGAAUUGGGCUGCCUGUGUAAACAGCCUACUUGACGUGAAAUGGACACCAGCCCAGGCAGACUGAUGAGGUCACUUCCAGCUGAUCUUGAUAACUGCAACAUUGCAUGGCAACAGUGACUUUGUACACAUGACAGACGAUGUAUGGGGGUGGGCGUGCACUUACCAGAGGACUACAGUUAUUACCUUGACUUAUCCACUUAUAAAAACAUACCAAAUACUGUAGUUCAACGUCAGAUCCAUAGUGGGGUAAGAUCAGCUAGCUCGGAAAAGUAAAAUGACGCGGAGGCUACGUAGCACAGCUUUCAACCCAUUGACUGAGCCAGUUAUCCCUCUGCCAGCAAAGUAUCUGCCACCGCAUCCCAGAGAGGCAUCCAUCUGUAUGGCACGAUUUUAACCUUACCCAAGGCAGGACAAGUAAUCCAUUUAACAGUACAAAGCAGUUAACAGUAACCAAAACAGCAUUAGGGGGAGGGUUUAUAAAUGAUAACAAAAGGAUCCACGUGUAAUAUAAACCAAAAGUUUAUUUCUACCAAUUUGCCCAAGACACUAGAGGAAUGAGUUUCCAGAGAGAAAGGGAAGGCCCUCUACUUACAGUACAACUGAGCGCAAGCCUGUUAAUGUAUCGUAUGUAACACUAGUAAAGCCACUUUUUUUUAAAUUACAGAGAAGAUCAGGUGGGACCUCCUUAAAAGCCAAAAAAACUAAUGCUGGUUGUCCUCGUCUACUAGCCAAAUGCAAGCAUUCACUAGACAAGCUUACAAUGAAACCUGAUUAGUUUUUAGAUCUCUUAUUUCACCUCACCCCACAUCUGAAGCCAUGCAACUCGCGUCAAACACUCAGCACGGGAAAAUGUUUUACUAAUCCUAGAAAUAACAAAAAAAAAGGUAAUUGUUUUAUUUCAAAAGCUUCUGAAAGCUCUGCUCCGGUUUGUUGGCAAAUCCAGUAGACAUGUAAAAUACAACCACACAAUACAUUAGAUUCAAAAAGGUACCAAAAAGUACAGUAAAAAUAACACUUCCAUCUCUGGAAAUGUAAAUGGACAAAACCAUAUAAAAUAAAAAAUAAAAAGGUGGAAAAGUGACAUUUGCUUCCCCAGUUCCUCACUUGAUCUGUACAUAUGGAGCAUGAGUCCAAAUUUCUGCCAACUCCAAAGGAAAAGCCAAAGCCCAUGUUCGCUGUGGCCGGACCAUGGGUUUCUUUUUUCUGAUUUACUUAAGACCUUAAGAGAGAAACAUGGUGCUUACAGUUACUGAGCAUAACCAAAAGGCAUUUUGUAUUACACAUGGACACCAUGAUGUUUAUGAAUGACUUAACAGUUGUAUACUUCUAUUAAAAAUGAACACUCGGAGUGGGGAGAACGUCAAAGGGGACAUGACACCUAGCUGCCAUACCUAGCACCCCAUCGCAAAGGCCCUAAUGCUUAUACUGGGUCAACCACCACCUCAACCCUUAUUGAUCAAGUAGUGUUUGUAGGGAUGCAUCUUAAAAUGGUUGGCACAUGGAAUGAGACCAUUAUUAAUGAAUUGCAGACCCUCCCCACCCACUUCCCCCCGUUAACAAACGUUUGAAUGGGAUCAGACUAGAUGGGAGAAAUUUUGGAGUCAAAGGGCACAAAUGGUUACAGCUAGAUUGUCAUAUCACCAUAGAUGAUGCAAAAAUGCAUACCUGCACUACAUGUGAUCAGUAUGGCUUGUAGCUACUCUGGUGGCCUCCACGUCUUGGAGUUUUCCCAUAGCCUGCAUUGCCCUGGUCUGGAGGACAAGAAAGAAAGGGACUGAGUGUCUUCCGUACGACAAGGACCAACAAAGUUUCUCACAUUUGCGUUUUUGGGUAGUUAUCGCUUACUGUAGUCGUAGCCACCCCCAUAGCCAUAGUAUCCAGCGGAGUAGUCGUAGUUGCCAUAGCCUCCAUAUCCGCCGUAGCCUUGCUGUCCACCGUAGCCGUAGCCCUGGUUCCCAUAGCCCUGGUUCCAGUAGUUGUUGUAUCCGCCACCUUGGUUCCAAUUCUGGCCCUGACCUGAGAAGAUUACGUUACAGUGAUUAGAAGCACAUAGAGCAGAGUUAUAUAAGCAACCACUUUGAUCUUGGGACUGGGGUGAGAGGAGCCUAUUUUAGAACCUGUUUCGUCAGGUUAAAUCCACACAAGGUGUUUUGUGUAGAUACUCACCUCCACGGCCCCUGCCUCUUCCACCACCUCCACCUCCACCGCCACGGCCGCCAUAUUGCUGCUGCUGGUACACCUCUUUGGGCUGUGCUAUUUUAAUCUCACACUGGAACAGAUCAGUAACACGAAGACUUAAGUUUGACAUGGGAAAAACCUUUGCCACACCCACUGCAUGGAUCUUCAAUGUGAGGGUUAGAUGUUACCUGAAGAAACCGCAGAAUUUGUUAUAUACAGAAAUCUAAAGCUUAAUUUGAAAGGAGGAAAUCACAACUCUGCAAUCAUACGUACAAAAAGAGACUGUGCACACACACACACACACAACCCUGCAAUGCAUUGACCGCAUUACAAUUGUUACCUUGCUUCCACUGACGUUAUGGAAUUUCUUUUCUAGCACUUUUUUGACAGGAGUUUCAUCCUUAUACGUGAUGAACACGAACCCCCUUCUCUUUUCCGUCUUUGGGUCCUGUGGAAGCUCGAUUGUCUCGAUCUGCAGGUCAAAGGAAAAUAAAAUAAUUACUGUUAAAACACCACCUUACCACUAAGUCAGUGUUACCCCCAGAGAUAGAUGUUGAUACUGUACCUCGCCAAAGGUUCCAAAGUACUCCUGGAUAACUUCCUUGUCUGUGUCUGGGUUGAGGCCACCAACAAAGAUUUUCUUUACGGGCUCCUUCUUCAUAGCCAUGGCCUUCUUGGGGUCGAUCUGUCGUCCGUCAAGUCGGUGUUCCUUCUGUUCCAAAACCUAGACAAAAAGGAAGAAAAAGCAGCCAGAGAAUGAAGAAUAGAAAAUAGUUGUAGUACUGCAGGGAUGUUGCCAAGUUGUAAUAUUCCACAUGGGAACACUGACAUUCAAUAUGCAUUACAGUUCUUAGAUAAAAGUAACAAACCCCAAAAACAUGUUCUCUUACCUUGUCUACACUGACUGCUUCUUUGAAUAGAAUAAAGCCAAAGCCUCUUGACCGGCCUGUCUGCUGGUCCAUCUUUAUGGUGCAGUCCGUCACUUCACCGAAUUUAGAGAAAUAAUCUUUAAGAUCUUUCUUACUUGUGUCCCAGCUAAGUCCUCCAACAAACAUUUUCCUAGCAAAGAAAAAAGGAUAACUGACUAAAUAUGAUGGUUGGGUAACAACCGCUCUAAAAGUGUUGGGGAACAGUGGGACGAAUCUGGCCUGUGGUUAGUUUUAUUUGUCCCCCCAAAUUCUGAGAGAAACUGUUCAUAUCUUUUUUUGUUGGGUGGGUGAAUUUUCCAUUGUUAGACAUAAGACUAAAACAAGGAGACCAGCUUCAAGUGAUUGAUGUAAGACAUCUGUUCCCAAAUAUAAAUCGUAUAGAAAUAUAAUCAAGGUUUGAAAUGAUGUUUUAGUCAACAACACAUAUAUUGUAAUGAAACAGCAGCCCGAGGUCCGGCGCGCCAUCGACUGUGCCGCAAAAGCAUGCUCGUGCGGCAGUCGAUUUCCGCGCUUAAAAACCCAGGGUCGUUACAAUAUAUUUAUUUGUUUUGACCUUUUUGCAGUCCAUACAUUUGUAAUUACGUUCUGGCCCACUUGCCAACCGCUCCGAAAAACAAAAAUGGUCCCCGCGGCUGAAUCUAGUACUGCACAAAUCAGUGGCCAUUAUUGUUGAAGAUCGGCUGGGCCUACUACUGUAUGGCCAAAACGACAUCAAACCCCAAAUAUCUGACCAGAAACUCUGGUGUGUGCCCUAAACAGAAUAAACAACCUAGCCCUGCAAAAAGAUACUCCCUCUCCGGCGAUUGUGUUACAUUUAAUCGCUGCUGGAAGUGGCGCCCCCCCCUCGCUCCCCACAUGGCGCCAACAAAGCCAGACCGAACAAAGGAGCGAUUACAACCCAUUAACACUCUGCCGAGAUCGAAAACAUUUCUGUACUCACCCUGCAUCCUCCUCGCCUUUGCUGGCGUUGAUCUGUCCGCCUUCGCCUUCAGUGGCACCAUUUUGCGAAUCUUCUCCCUCUACUGCCGCCUCGCCUUCUAUGCAGGCUUCGGUCUCUUCCUCGCCUUUAUUCAGGGUUUCGGUCUCUUCCGUUUCAUCGGCUGUUUUUGCGCCGUUAAAAUCAUCCUCGCCUUCGUGGCCGUUUUCUGAUGUUUCCAUAAACUGUUGCUCGGUGUCAGACAUUCUGUAAUUGUUAGGUUCCCCUUUUCCUGCACAAAAUGAAACAUUGUUACCAAAGGACCUGUACAGUUAUGUAACCCACACGCCGUACAUGCUUCGCCAUUUAUGCUAUGCCAGUGAAUUACACUCCCCCACCAUUUUGGCUGGCAACAUUGUUUUUUGUAAAUGUAUGGGAGACAAUGUUCCCGGAAUGACAGCGAGACAUGACAAUAGACUCAUCGAAUGAGGGUAUAACAAACAUUUUUUUUUGCACGGACUGAAUGUAACAACCAAAUAUCGUCAAUGUAACUGUAUCGCGCGGAUAAACCGUUAGCAUGAACCACACCACUCAGUUACGUAAUGCGAAGGCCAUGCGAGCUGUUUUACUACUCAAAUAUUACAGCCACAUUUAUACCUAACACCGAAAUAACGAAAAUAGUUAUUCUUAUGGUACUUACACAAAUACAAAAUAAGAUGAAUAGAUGGAAAAUAAUCCCCUAAAGCCUCUUAGUGAUCACACAAUCAGAAAAUACUCUCCAAGAUGGAUUCUCCCAUACAACGCCAACUCGUGGUUGGUUUUAUAGUACCCGUUAAACAAAAAACGACCUUUCAUUUAGGGGCCUCUGAUUUGAUUCCCAAAGCUGUCUAUCAUGGCUAUGGCCAAUUAUGUACCCCGAUUCAGUGUACACGCCCACUACACGUAAGAACUUGCAGUACAUUUGAUUAUUUUAGGUACAUUCUUGAAGAAACCAGUCUGCAAACUACAAAACAAUCAAAAAAAAUGAGGGGAGGGGGAGCUGUGGCCAAGAGACCAGAGGUGGCAGAACGGAGUGCUCGGGUUGGGGUGUUGGGUUUGAGCAUAGCCUGAAAGUAGGGAGGGGCAGUUUCUCUCGCUGCUCCAUAGGCAAGUACCAUGGUCUUGUAGUGGAUGCAAGCUUGGACUGGAAGCCAGUGGAGUCAGGGCCAGAAUAAUGCAGGGGCUUACUGGGGCUGAAGCCCCUUGGCCCAUGCCGUGGGGGGCCUAAAAGCCAGGAAAAACAAAUAAGUAUAUAUAUACAGUAUAUCAAAUCGUAUUUGUCACAUGUGCCGAAUACAACAGGUGUAGACCUUACAGUGAAAUGCUUACUUACAAGCCCAUAACCAACAAUGCAGCUAAGAAAAAUAAGUAAGUAAAAAAUUAUUAAAGAGCAGGUGUAAAAUAACAGUAGUGAGGCUAUAUACUGUACAGGGGGUACCGGCACAGAGUCAAUGUCGAGGUGGGGUGGACGGCAAUACAAAUAGUCUGGGUAGCCAUUUGAUUAGCUUUUCAGGAGUCUUAUGGCUUGGGGGUAGAAGCUGUUAAGCCUUUUGGAUCUAGACUUGAAGCUCCGGUACCACUUGCCGUGCGGUAGCAGAGAGAACAUUCUAUGACUAGGGUGGCUGGAGUCUGACCAUUUUUAGGGCCUUGUCGGGUGUCUGAAGUAAAUCCUUUGUGUCCAACUCGUUAAAGAAAAAAUCUUCAUCCAGUACGAGGUGAGUAUAAGCUCUUUUCGGUUAUAAGAGACGGGUGCCAAAAACAUUAUGCACAAAAUAAGUUACAAAUAAAGCAACAAAAAAAACACAAUUACACAAUUGGUUAGGAGACCAUAAAACGGCAACCAUCUCCUCCGGCGCCAUUCUGAAUAUAUUAUACACUGUUUAAUGUAGUGUAUAUUUGAUAUAUUUUCACUGCAACUGCCAACCACAGGAAGGCUCAGGAGUCUGCUCUCGAUGAGUAUAGACAGUCUGCUGCCGCUCUGCCAAUCAUCAGAUGGGGGGAGAAAAGGUGGUAGGGGGACCACACGGUUCAUUGGGGGCCCCUGCCUUGAUUGGGUAACUGAUUAAUAAAAACAAAAACUGCAUGAUAGAUAAAUGUGACUGGUCAAUUGUGUGAGUCAGGGGCUGGGCCCACACCUGUAGUGUGCCCAAGAGGCAAAAAAUACUAAUCUAAAUGACUUUUUAUCCAACCACAGGAGCCCGCCCUCAAUGUUCAAAAUACGCCAGAGAGCAUAAUUUUGCCAUAGAGGAUCAAUAGUUCAUUAAAAAUAACUGUGGAUUAAGUUUUAUCACAAGCACAUACAGGCAUCUGCCAAAAUUAAGGAAACACCAACAUAAAGUGUCUUUAAAAGGGUGUUGUGCCACGAGCUGCCAGAACAGCUUCAAUGCAAUUUGACAUAGAUUCACCAAACCAUGACAGGAAAAUACAUAUAUGGUAUAUAUAUACCAUCUAUGGAUUAUAUUUCUAUGGUUGUUUGUGCCUCUAGGUUUGCCUUUUGCAGAUUUUAAAAUACAAUUGCGGGAAAAACUUACAGUUUGGAAAGUCAAUGCCUACUGCUGAAAAGAGAAGAGUAAUCUGUCUGUAGAACCAUUACAAACACUUUUUAUUAACAACUCCCCAUUUGUAGCUAACAGCAGCACUCUUUUUCAACGUACCUCAUCUUGAGAUAGGCUCAUGACAAGCGCAUCGGCCAUCACCGUGAGUAGCCUAUGGCUUCAUCAUUAGGUGAGUCAGUUGGCACUGGAAAUUUUAGUUAAUCGCCUACGAUAUAUAUGCAUUUAUAAACUGGGUGUGUCGAGCCCUGAAUGCUGAUUGGCUGACAGCUGUGGUAUAUCAGACCGUAUACCACAGGUAUGACCAAAAUGUAUUUUUACUGCUCUAAUUACGUUGGUAACCAGUUUAUAAUAGCAAUAAGGUUUGUGGUAUAUGGCCAAUAUAGCACGGCUAAGGGCUGUAUCCAGACACUCCUCGUUUCAUCAUGCAUAAGAACAGCCCUUAGCCGUGGUAUUUUGGUCAUAUACCACACCACCCUGUGCCUUAUUGCUUAAAUAUUGCCUCCUAAUAUAGUACAUUCUGUGUGUCAUUUCAUUGGCCUGGGCUAUUGUUUGUUUGAAUUCAAGACCAGAUUGAUCGCCGUUUAUCAGAGUAGCCACUCAUUUUGUUAAUUUGUGCGGUAUUAAAAAUAUUCAGCUAAUGUCUUCUAUCAUGUAAAUGACGUAGAAUUGCAUGUGUUUUUAAAAAAGCUGUUUUUUUUCGGACCGUGGGAGAAAAAAAAAAUCCCAUGUGUGGAACCACAAAAAACACCUCUACUUAACUGUAAUCUAUGCCGCAUAGCAAACGUUAUGGCUUUAUUCAAAAUUGAAAUUAAAUGUAUCAUGCCUCAAAUUGCAUCUUGGUGCAUGGAUUUGUUUACAGAAAAUGAUGGUGUGACAGGAAGGGGGAAAUAGCCUCAGGGUCUAUGAUUUCUUAAUCCGUCCCUGAGUGGAGUGUGCAGAGAAACUGGAUGACAUGGGAGAACUUGGGGAAAGUUGAACACCAUGCGGGCUGCAGCAUUCUGGAGUUGCAAGGGUUUUAUGGAACAAGCCGGGAGCCCAGCCAACAGCGAGUUGCAGUAGUCCAAAUGGGAGAUGACAAGUGCAUGGAUUAGGACCUGCGCUGCUUCCUGUGUGAGGUAGGGUCGUACACUACAGAUGUUGAGCAUGAACCUGCAGAUGCAAGUCACUGCUAUAAUAGUUUCAGAAGAGGACAGGGUGUUGUCCAGGGUCACGCCAAGGUUCUUUACUGUUGGAGGGGGACAACUUGCAGUGUCAACCAUGAUGGAGAGGUCUUGGAACGGGCAGUAGGGCUGGGCGAUUUGGCCUAAAAACCAUAUCUAAUUUUUAAAAAAUCUAUGGGCAAUUCAUGAUACAUAUAUAAACAAAACAUUGUUGCACAAUUAGGUCAAUACACUGCAUUUCAAACAGUUAUGAAUAAUCUAAUGAAUUCAGGGCUUGUAAAAUUAUACCUAGGCUAAAUAUAAGCCUUCCACAACCAUAACAUGCUGACCACACCGCCCGUGUUGCGAGCAUGAGCAUUGAAAAAUAAAUGUACACAUACAUGUUAUUCAAUCAUUGCACCCACACUGCCUGCGCAUGUCUGCGUAGCCAGGCGCUAAAAUAGAACUUGGUUUUAUUUGUGACACUUUACGCGCUGAAAGUCCUGCCUCUCCCACCUCAUUGGUUUUUAGGAGCAUAAACCCACGUGGGUGUUUGAAAGAUGAACUGAGGACUUUAGUCAAGUUGGUUGCCGACCGCCAUAUAAAGUCCAAAGAAGAAGAAGCCUGAAGGAAAGAUUAAUAGAAACUAACUCAGUUGACCCUUUUAUCUGUGGAUUAAUUGUCGGAGUAGAGGACCUUGUGCAUUUCAGGUCAAAUAACAACCCAAUGAUUAUAUCCCAGGACAAAUUAGCUAGCAACAGCAAGCUAGUUAAAUUGUCAUAAAUGUUUCAUGCUUUUCAGCCUGUCCCCAAAUUAAUAUAGUUUGUUCAGAGUUUGUUUGAUAUUUCAACCUGCGUGUCCUGAUCUCGUCUGGUGCGGGUGGACAAAAUCAACAUGCGCCCUAUUGCGCACGCUCACGAGUGGUCUGAUCAGCAUGUAAGACCCACUAAUCAUUUAAUUAUUUUAUCAAAAUAGAUUAACCUUUUUUUGCGCUAAUCAUUGAUCUGACUUUCAAGUGUCUGAAAACACAAUUUUUAUUACAAAUUUAACCAGAACAUCCACUAAUAAUGACCAACUUCUUGUAGCAGGCAUCAUAGAAAAUGAACACAGGUCUCAAACAAUCUCUCAAGCACAAGCCCACGUGGUAGUGAGUAGCCAGCUGAUCUUUACAUUAAAAGUCUAGCCAACUUGGAUCCAUUUCUUUGCUAACAAGGUAGAACAGUUAUGAAUAGACCCUCGUGUCCCGUCUCCAACUGUUUAAAAAUCACAUUUUAUUGGUAAGAUACACAUAGCAGAUGUUAAUGUGAGUGUAGCAAAAUGCUUGUGCUUCUAGUUCCGACUGUGCAGUAAUAUCUAACAAGUAAUAUAACAAUUCCACAACCACUACCUAAUACACACAAAUCUAAAGGGAUGGAAUAAGAAUAUGUACAUAUAAAUAUAUGGAUGACCGAGCAGCAUAGGCAAAAUGCAAGAUGGUAUAAAAUACAGUAUAUACAUAUGAGAUGAGAAAUGCAAGAUAUGUAAACAUUAUUAAAGUGACUAGUGAUCCAUUUAUUAAAGUGGCCAAUGAUUUCGAGUCUGUAUGUAGGCUGCUGCCUCUCUGUCAGUGAUGGUUGUUUAACAGUGUUUGAACAACUGCCUGUUCAAUUUGUUUAGAUAUUGAAACCAACUGGCCUACCUGGACAAGAAAAUGCUUAUUUCUCAGAAUGAGAAUGAGUUGCCAAUUCCUUACAUAAAUAAAUAUUUUUAUACUCACUGCACAUUUAUCACACAGACUAGACAACUAGCACAUACUGUUGGUCUGUGGCUAAAAUGCUGCUAGCCGUUCGGGUUACCACAAUGCCGCGCGCGACAGAAACUGAGCAUUCAUUUUAAACAUGUUCAUUGAUACUCUCGCUUCAGUAGGGUCUGCUCUGUUCUACCUUUAGGGAGUUGAGACAUAAUAAGGGUAGCGUUAGAAAGGUUAAAUUCUAUUACAGUAAAAUAAUGUCUCUAAGCGUUUCGGUGUGCAAAUGAACGAUUUUGUUGGACCGAAGUUCUCUUUUGUCAUUGUUGUGAGUGGCAGGGGGAGGUUAUUGGUUUCUGUGUGCAAGUGGGAAGGUGCACAUUGCACACAGCACAGAAGGAGCCGAGACCAAAAUGGGCUAAAACAUAAAUUCAAAUUAUUUUGAUAUAUCACCCAACCCUAGCGGGCAGGCCUUGCCGGGAGGAAGAGCGGCUCCCUCUUGUCAAGGUUGAGCUUGAGAUGCGUGUUGCCACCUGGGUGUCAGAAGUGGGUAAGAAGAAAAGUAGUUGUGUCAUCUGCAUAGCAAUGAUAGGAGAGACAAUGUGAGGAUAUGAUGGAGCCGAGUGACUUGGUAUAUAGAGAGAAGAGGAGAGGGCUAGAGACGCCCAGCCCCCAGAGGGCGGAGAGGAGGAUCUGAUGGUUCACGGUGUCGAAGGCAGCGGAUAGAUCAAGGAGUAUAAGAACAUAAGAGUCAGCUUUGGAAGUGCGGAGAGCCUCUGUGACAGAGAACAGCAGUCUUGGUUGAAUUAUACAUCUUGAAACCUGACAGGUUAGUGUCAAGAUCGUUCUGUGAGAGAUAGCGAGAAAAUUGGUCAGACAGCACACUCAAAUGUUUUGGAAAGAAAAUAAAAGGACAGUGGUUUGUAGUUUUUGGCAUCAGAGGAGUUGAGGGUUGUUUUCUUGGAGGGGAGCAACUCGGGCCAUUUUGAAGUCAGGGGGGAGGCAGCCAGUGAUCAGGGAUGAGUUGAUGAGGGAAGUAAGGAAUGGGAGAAGGUCUCCAGAGAUGGUUUGGAGAAGGGGGAGGGGAUGGGUUUGAGCGGGCAGGUUGUCAGGCGGCCGGACCUCUCUAGCCGAAAGUGGGCACUAGAUCUACGCUAUCGGCUAGGACCGACGGUCCGCCAUUAAAGCUAGUUGAGGAAAAUGAUGCGUUUGCAGCCUAAAUGGAUGAUGCUUUAUGUACGAGCCAGUCCACGGGUGACAAGAAUGUAUUACCGGCUGGGCACAUCAAUCCUAGACGAUAGUGCAGAUCUAGCGCCACUAUCGGCUACCUAAGCUGGGUAUUUUCCCCAUCUCUGUGCUUAUGCUGCUUCCUCCCCAGUUGCACCAUCAAAUAUUUGAGGUUUGUUGGGAUUAUUUCUGACCAGCCAAUCAGCCAGCCAAGUCUUCGGAGAAAAACACAAAUAACUGAAUUAGUUUAUUCAGGAAAAAAAAACUAAAAGCAAAUGUAACAUGUACUGUUGAAGGUGCAUAUUUGUACAUCCACAUUUCUCAUUACACCCUGUUACUUACGCAGGGGGAAACAGGCUUCUGUUUGCAGAGCUCAGUGAAUCCCCUGAGCAAUGUGGGUCUCACAAACCUGCCCAGGUAGUCUUUGGAUGCCUCUCCCACGGGGAUGGGCUCGAUCACAGCUGAACAAAGAGCGAGACACCCGGGUGUAUCAGAGAGAAAAUCACAGGGGUAUAACACACUGACUACAGGAAAAACCCCUCCAACUUCUAUGUCAAUGUAAACCUGUUGUACUUUGUGUGUAUGGUACUCUUUGCAAUAUAGGUCAGGUUGAACUUGCAUUAAAUGGAUAGCUUACCUUUGAUUAAAAAAAGUGCUGAAGAAAGGAACAAUGCCUUCAAAGUAUUCACACCCAUAGACUUUUUUCACAUUUUGUUGUGUUACAGCCUCUCAUUUAAAAUGAAUUAAAUGUAGAUGUUGGUCACUGGCCUACACACAAUACCCCAUAAUGUCUAAGUGGAAUUCUGUUUUUCAAAAUGUUUACAAAUGAAUAAAAACAAUUAGAAGCUGAAAUGUCUUUUGUCAAGUACUCAACCCCUUUGUUAUGGCAAGCCUAAAUAAGUUCAGGAAUAUGGACUCACUCUCUGUGCAAUAAAAAUACAAAAAGCAGAUGUUAAAUAUCCCUUUGAGCAUGGUGAAGUUAUUAAUUACACUUUGGAUGGUGUAUCAAAGAUAAAUGGUCACUACAAAGAUAAAUAUAUUUAAAAAAAAAUGUUUUGACAAAUUUUAGAAUUUUUCUUCAACUUUGGUAUUACAAUUAAAUUCAUUUGAAACGCACUUUGUCACAAAAUGUGGAAAAAUUCAAGGGUUGUGAAUACUUUCUGAAGGCACUAAAUAUUUAAUGUGUGUGUGUUUAACUUACAUUUGGGGAACAUGAACUUGAUCUCUCGCUCGACUGAGAACGAGAUGCUGCCAUGCAUUGCAUUCCUUAGGUCAGUACUUGACUCGCAGGAUGGGGGAGAGGUGACAUGCACAUGUAGCCUACAGUAAAAGUGCUCAGUCAUACAGUAUUGAUUGAUCAUAUGCGCAAUAACUCAUAUAUGCAGUAGGUAUGCGGGGGUAAUAAAAUAACUAGGCCUACCGGUAUUUGAACUGGAUGGACAACAUUUAGUUGCAUAUGGAUAAAUAUUUGCUCUCAUAAUAGGUGGACUUCCAUCGGGUGAAAUCAGUAAAGAUUCAGACAGUUGUCAAGGUCUCUAAAGACAAAUCCCAAACCACACUUAGAGCCCAGUGAAUAUCUUCCAUUUGGGGUGAGAAGAGGGCUGGAAACCCAAUGCUCUGCCUUCUGACUGACCCUUUCUGGGUGUUUCCCUGGCCUUGGUGCAGUUGGACAGGGCGAUAAAUUCAGAGCUCAUGAAGGCCGUUUGGCUUGGGAAGAACAGCUUACUGCUCACAGUCACUUGCACUGCUCCGGACUCAGCUGCAGUUUGACAAAGAUCAAUUGCAGACAAGACACGAUCACAUUAUGAUUAAUGACAAGUGUACAUGGAUGAUGUUGAGUUUUCCUGAUGUCUGUGGAUCAAACCAAAGCGCCGCACACAAUCAUUCAAAUCUGCCCAUGUCCAUCUAUUCCUUUUGGUUCAUUACGUUUUUAUUGCAUAGACACACAUUCAUUCUUUUCAGUCGUAGCCUCUACUUUGGCAACACCCCCUUUGUAUUUACAGAUGACCGCCACUGAUGUCAAACUGUUCAGGACCUGGCUAGUGGCGAUGCUAUGAGCAGCAUGAAUGUGUUGUUCAACGGCUGUGUGAAUUAACGUUGUACACCAACCUGUAACAGUGAACCCAGAGCUGAGAAUGAUAUAUUCAGUGUAGUGUAUAGCGUCAGGUUUGUGCAAUAACAAAACUUCUCUCCACGUAAAUCCGAGGGGCGUCUGAUUUGGGGCGGCAGGGUAGCCUAGUGGUUAGAGCGUUGGACUAGUAACCGGAAGGUUACAAAUUCAAACCCCCCGAGCUGACAAGGCACAAAGCUGUCGUUCUGCCCCUGUACAGGCAAUUCACCCACUGUUCACAGGCCAUCAUUGAAAAUAAGAAUUUGUUGUUAACUGACUUGCCUAGUUAAAUAAAGGCAAAAUAAAACAUUUCUUACUCGUUUGUCAUAACGUUCGCUCUCGCCUGGGGCAGAGUAAUACGGCGCGAUCGCAAAAUCUGAUGACGCGAAUAUAACGCCAGUUUGCAACAUGUUCAAAUUGAUAAUGGAAUAGCGUUACAGGCUGACGAGGAAAACCCAUAGUAAAGCUGCCAAAGUUUAAUAGUGUCCGCUUCCUAGCUACAAACCUUUUCGAAAGAGGUUUACUCAGUCCCAUCGACGUUCGCACUGUUGCUAGGAUUCAGAUUACGGCAAGAGAUUUAGACCUCUUGACGGCAAGUGGAGAAACGCAGAAGAUCCGUAACAUGUGGACUGUGACAAUUACAAAACAUCUCAAAUGUGAAAAUAUGUCGCACCCUUUUAUUACAGAAUCACAACCCAAUUAUAACAAAAAGUCAACAAAAUAUGCAUUAAAAUUGUGCCACAGUGCAAACGUAUUCAAACAAACAAGACACUCAAAAAGUUCAUUUAAAACGGUAUUUUAUUCAUCAAAUCUGAAAAGGUCCUUAUCGGGUUCCGAUGGUAACCUGCCACACCCUGAUCAGGUUAUCCGUGUAGCCAGCAAACAGGGUCUGUUAAAAGAGAGAAAAAUAAGGGAAGAAUAAGAAAAUGUCCAGAAGUUGCAAACAAUAAGCCGUUGACAAUAUAUUAAAGUAUAAUGCUCCCACUAGGUUUGAGUCCAAGUGCUAGACAUUGCAUGAAUAUGUACUACUGUUGUUUCUAUACCCAUCAUCAUUGCAGGACUUGUCAUCAGAGCCAAAGCUCAGGCAAUAAAUGAAUGUCACUUUGUAAUCACAGGGCAAGGCAACAAACAAUCCAGCAGAGACACAAUCUUCUGAGAGCAGACUGAAAUUACACAACCCUGUUCUAGAAGUAAACCCAGGGUUCUAGCAUAGCUCUGUGGGACGUACCUGUCCGUCAGCAGACCAGGCCAGAGAGGUGCACUGUGGGGGCUCGGCCUUACUGUUGGUGCUGAUAACCUCCUGUCUCAGCUCAUCCACAAUGAUCUUGCCCUCCAGAUCCUGAAGGGGGGGAGAAGGGGACUUAUGAGCAUAGCUUUGAGAAACAAUGGGUUGUGAUGAAAUUGGAACUACUCUGAUGUGGACAUGACAAUCACAUUCUCAGGUCCAACAGAUGGCUUCAGAAAAGGAUGCAGUUAGCAGAGCUCAGAAACAGCCUCUUUAUCAUCAUAGAAAUAAGAUGGCAUUGGAAUUUUCCAUCAUUGCUCCUUGACUAAUGUAGUUUGAUUACAGAUUACAACACCAAACAGUCUUUCCAACCAACUGCACACAGUGCUGAUGUAUUCUGAGAGUAGAGUCUUACCCAGAUCUUGAUGCUGGGUCCGGUGGCAGCACAGAGCCAGUAGCGGUUGGGGCUGAAGCAGAGGGCGUUUAUGUUGUCACCACUGUCUAGGGUGUACAGGUGCUUGCCCUCGUUCAAGUCCCACAGCAUGGCCUGACCGUCCUAUGGGAGAAUGGGUUUCAGGGUCAAAGGUCAGCCAAUGGACAAUGCAAACGAAAAUGCUUGCUUUGCAGGGCAACUUGGGCAUGCAAUUAAGUGUAGUCCAUGGCCGUUCACCGGGGAUACGAACCAUCAACAAUAACCCUAAAUGGCAAAUCUCAGUAAGCAGGUUUGAGUACACUAAAUUACGUUUCAAAAGUGCCGGUUGCGUUCAGAAACAGCCUCUUUAUCAUCAUAGUGAAACAGAAGGCAAUCGAAUUUCCAUCAUAACUUUGCAACACCACAUUUAACACCAAGAACUUGCCCCAAGUUAUUACAUCAACCACAGACCCAUCCAGUGACAAUCUAAUCCGGUCAAAUUCAAUAAAGGCAGAAACUGCAGGUGAACAGUGACAACCUUAUUUGCUAUUACGUUAUAGAUUUAUUAGGAGUGCUUUCAUCAUACCUUUCCACCAGACGCGCAGAGAGAGCCAUCGGGAGAGACUGUCACUGUAUUCAGGUAGCCAGUGUGGCCAAUGUGGUUAGUCUUCAGCUUGCAGUUGGCCAGGUUCCACACCUAGUGGGGAAGGCCAUGUGUUAGGGUACACUGAUUAGAAAAAUACCUGCUGGAGGUGAACCAUUUCAAGCGUGCAAUGUCUAACACAUUUGCAGCCUGGUUCCUGUACCCAUCAUCAUUGCAGGACUUGUCGUCAGAGCCGAGGCUCAGGGUGAUUAUGUCACAUUGUAAUCACAGGGCAAAGCAGGAAAACACUUCAACAGAGAGCUUGAUUGUAUUACAUCUACAGUAACAAAACCAUUUAAAAAGACUUCUGCUUCGUUUAAUAAUCUACGCAGCCACCUGUCCUAGCGAGUCACUUGUGCUGUAUGCAGCGUUGUCCGUACCUUGACCAUCUUGUCCCAACCACAGGAGACAAUGAUGGGGUUGCUGCUGUUGGGGGAAAAGCGCACGCAGGACACCCACUCAGAGUGGCUCUCAUCCUGAAUGGUGUACUUGCAGACUCCCAGGGUGUUCCACAGCUUGAUGGUCUUGUCCCGAGACCCAGACACGAUCUGCCGGUUGUCAGCAGAGAAAGCCACACUCAGGACGUCCUUGGUGUGGCCCACAAAGCGACGGGUGGUGGUGCCACUGGAGGGGAAGAGAACCGUUGAGUCCAUGUGUAAAUCUUCAUACUACAGAUGACUAAUAACCGGUGUAAUUGCGUUGUUCAAGUCAACAUUGAAACCAAGGCAGCACAUGAUUCUGAUAUCCACGUCUCAUCUUUCACAGGUAAGCGCAGGUUGCAUUCAGAAACAGCCUCUUUAUCAUCACAAGGAUACAGAUGGCAUUGGAAGUUUCAUCACUUUAGAACCAGCAUUUUGACUGCAGCAUGAUAUGAAACUGACAACAUUUCCUUCCUGGGCUUAUGCACCAGGGUGAACCCCCUUUACCCAAAUGGUUGGAUUGAUAACCUCAUCCUCACUGACCUGAUAUGACUGGAGGGGUGUAAACAGGUUGGCAGAGGCAGAUAACUCUGGUCCUAGAAUGUCUGUAGACGUUUGUUCCAGCUCAGCAAUGAACCACCCAGGACAAAAUGAGGCAACUGAUCCUAGUCUUCAGUUCAGACCAGAAUCAGAUGUACAGAUGCCUGCACAUAAUUUAGACCUCUGCAUGGUACUACAUCACCCCACAACCCUAGACUUACGUGGUGAGAUCCCACAGGCGGAGCGUCCCAUCCCAGGACCCGGACAGGGCAAACUGUCCAUCUGAGGAGAUGACUACAUCACUCACAAAGUGAGAGUGUCCCUUCAGGGCACGCUGGGGGAUGCCAUAGUUGGUCUCAUCACGAGUCAGCUUCCACAUAAUGAUAGACUUAUCUGAAAGAGAAAUGCUGAUUAUACAUUUAAAAUACAAAUAUAAAUGUAUGGAAUGGUAGAUUGCAGUUGAACAACCAAAGGUAGGCCUAGCUAACUAAUGUAACAUGUACGCGUUAAGUAUGGGAAGCUAGCCAGCCAACUACCGGUAUGUUUCCUUCAACAAUUACCGACAGACAAGCACAAUCAUAGAGUCCUCAAAACAAACUUUUAAUAGAAUGCUAUGGUAGUUACAAUUCAAUUGUCAGGUCUAGAAAUGCAUUUCUCAUUGCGAGCCUAAUGAACAUUUUUGUCCACUUGGCGGUGCACGUGGAUGUGUGUCGGCAUAGCAGGCGACGUCUGUUCUCAAUGGCUAGCAAUCAAGACAUAACUUACUUGUAGAGUAGUUUGUCCACUAGACAUUGCGUUUGACGCAAGACUUGCCCCCUACAUUAAUUGAGCUCACUUUCAUGAUUUACAUUGUUUAAGCCGUCGCGGCUACACAUCAAUUUAGCAAUGUAACAUGCUUGGGGUUAGCCAUAUCUCCGACCAUUUGUAGCGGGCUGAGAAGCGCUUACCUCGGGAUGCAGACAGAAUCAUAUCGGGAAACUGAGGGGUAGUCGCGAUCUGGGUGACCCAACCAUUGUGCCCCUUCAGGGUGCCCCUUACUGUCAUCUGCUCAGUCAUUUCGGCGAAGUUUUAGUGUGCCCUUUUCAAGGAUGGAUAUAGAUUAGUUUGAGGGCUAGGUUUCCCUAGGUCCUCUCACAUUUAGGCACAGAGAAAAA